GAAGGGAAGGCAGAGGGUGCGGUGGAAGCGGCUGUGUCAGGGGACGGCAGGGGAAGGAAGAUAGCCAAGGCUUACUGAGGCUGGUGGAGGGAGCCGCUGCUGGGCUCACCAUGGACCGCCGGAUGUGGGGGGCCCAUGUCUUGUGCGUGUUGAGCCCGUUACCGACCGUAUUGGGCCACAUGUACCCAGAAUGUGACUUCAUCACCCAGCUGAGAGAGGAUGAGAGUGCCUGUCUACAAGCAGCAGAGGAGAUGCCCAACACCACCCUGGGCUGCCCUAGGACAUGGGAUGGGCUGCUGUGCUGGCCGACGGCAGGCUCUGGCGAGUGGGUCACCCUCCCCUGCCCGGAUUUCUUCUCUCGCUUCAGCUCAGAGUCAGGGGCUGUGAAGCGGGAUUGUACCAUCACUGGCUGGUCUGAGCCCUUUCCACCUUACCCUGUGGCCUGCCCUGUGCCUCUGGAGCUGCUGGCUGAGGAGGAGUCUUACUUCUCCACGGUGAAGAUUAUCUACACCAUGGGCCAUAGCAUCUCUAUUGUAGCCCUCUUCGUGGCCAUCACCAUCCUGGUUGCUCUCAGGAGGCUCCACUGCCCCCGGAACUAUGUCCACACCCAGCUGUUCACCACUUUUAUCCUCAAGGCGGGAGCUGUGUUCCUGAAGGAUGCCGCCCUUUUCCACAGUGAUGACACUGACCACUGCAGCUUCUCCACUGUUCUAUGCAAGGUCUCCGUGGCCACCUCCCAUUUCGCCACCAUGACCAACUUCAGCUGGCUGUUGGCAGAAGCCGUCUACCUGACCUGCCUCCUGGCCUCCACCUCCCCCAGCUCAAGGAGAGCCUUCUGGUGGCUGGUUCUUGCUGGCUGGGGGCUGCCCGUGCUCUUCACUGGCACGUGGGUGGGCUGCAAGCUGGCCUUCGAGGACAUCGCGUGCUGGGACUUGGACGACAGCUCCCCCUACUGGUGGAUCAUCAAAGGGCCCAUCGUCCUCUCGGUCGGGGUGAACUUUGGACUUUUUCUCAAUAUUAUCCGCAUCCUGGUGAGGAAACUGGAGCCAGCUCAGGGCAGCCUCCAUACCCAGUCUCAGUAUUGGCGUCUCUCCAAAUCGACACUUUUCCUGAUCCCACUCUUUGGAAUUCACUACAUCAUCUUCAACUUCCUGCCAGACAAUGCUGGCCUGGGCAUCCGCCUCCCCCUGGAGCUGGGACUGGGUUCCUUCCAGGGCUUCAUUGUUGCCAUCCUCUACUGCUUCCUCAACCAAGAGGUGAGGACUGAGAUCUCACGGAAGUGGCAUGGCCAUGACCCUGAGCUUCUGCCAGCCUGGAGGACCCGUGCUAAGUGGACCACGCCUUCCCGCUCGGCGGCAAAGGUGCUGACAUCUAUGUGCUAGGCUGCCUCAUCACGCCACUGGAGUCCACAUUUGAACUUGGGCAGCUACCAUGGGUCUGCCAUGCUCUGGAGGAGCAAGGGGGCCACAUCCCCACCCAGCUGUUACCCAGCCCGGGGCAGGGGCAGCCCUUCCUCCCUGUCUCUGCAUCUGACUCUCUUUUGAGGUCCCUGUAUGUCUAGCUCCGACUUCUGUGGUCCCUCUGUGUCUGCUCUCAUCCGUUCCUCUUCCUGGGGCCUGGGGCUCUAGCCCAAGGCUCAGAGAAGCCAAUAAACCUGUAAAUGAA